CAGAAGAAGAUUUUGGAUUUAGGCAUAGAUGAAAUCGAAACCUCAGUGAAUAAACAAACGAGAUUUCAUUAACUCUGAGAUACGAUACGCACAAACGCAGACCGACAGAGACCUUCAAAGGGCCCAGACAUCUCUCUCUCUCUCUCUCCUCUCUCUCUCUCUCUCUACUAUUCCGACAGUUUUCCGAUGCAGGGUUUCGAUUUGCCGUACGUUGAGCUGUUCUUAAUCGCCGCCGUCCUCCUCGCCUCUUCUGCUUAUUCUUCUUCUCUCCAGAUUGGCGAAACGUGUUCGAAUUCCGGCGACAGUUGCGACGGCGGAUUGGCGUGCGCGACUUGUCCGGCGAACGGGAACACCAGACAACGGUGCACUCGCAUACAGCCGAUAAUUCCCACCUCUACGGUGAAAGGUUUGCCGUUCAAUAAGUAUUCAUGGCUGACGACGCACAACUCCUUCGCCCGGACCGGUCGGACUUCGGGAACCGGUUCGCCGCUCAUCACUCAGACAAAUCAGGAAGAUUCCGUCUCCGAUCAGCUCAAAAACGGCGUUCGGGGGCUUAUGCUCGACAUGUAUGACUUCAACAACGACAUUUGGUUGUGUCAUUCCUUCGAGGGCAAGUGCUUCAAUAUUACAGCCUUUCAACCUGCGACUAAUGUCUUGAAAGAAAUCCACGAUUUUCUCGAAGAAAAUCCGUCUGAAAUCAUCACCAUUUUCAUUGAGGAUUAUGUCUCGUCGCCCCACGGUCUGAGUCGAGUGUUCAACGCCUCUAAAUUGAACAAGUUCUGGUUUCCUCUGUCCCGGAUGCCCAAAAAUGGCGAAGAUUGGCCAACGGUCGAUGACAUGGUCGAAAAAAACCAACGCUUGAUCGUAUUUACUUCUAAAAAGGCUAAAGAGGCGUCCGAAGGGAUCGCUUACCAGUGGAAUUUCGUCGUGGAGAAUCAGUAUGGGAAUGGUGGGAUGGUGUCCAAUUCUUGCCCCAAUCGAUCUGAGUCAUCCUCGAUGAACACAACUUCGCGAUCCUUGGUGCUUAUGAAUUACUUUCGGACGAAUCCGAAUAUAUCGGAUUCUUGUGUCGACAACUCCGGCGGUUUGAUUAGUAUGUUGAAGACUUGUCAUUCAGUCGACGGAAACCGCUGGCCGAAUUUCAUUGCAGUCGAUUUUUACCAGAGGAGCGACGGAGGGGGCGCCCCCGAAGCUGUCGAUGAAGCAAACGGACAGUCGACGUGCAACUGCCGUAGCAUCGCCUAUUGCAAGGAAAAUGGAAAUUCGUCGUCGUAUACGUGCAAUGCACCUGCGCUUUCGCCACCGCCGCCGGCCGGAUCAUCUACGACGGCGGUAGCUCAAGGGCCGGACAGCAGCUCGCCGAUUAGUAGACCUCUCCAAACUCAUUGGUUUGUCAUUUUAACGGUUUUGACGGUUAUUCUGCAGUUAUAAUUUUAUUAUUUUUUUUUUAUUGCGUAUUCGUGUAUUUUGAUGAGUGAUUUGUGCGAUGAUCCGACCUCGGAAUGUUAUGUUUCAUUUUUGGAGGAUUGCAUUAUAUUACAUUACAUUAUAUUUUUUAUGUUUCGGAUAAAGCAUCAUAUUAAACAUUUUUGUGUUUUUGUAGAAAUA